UCUGUUCCCUCCAGCUGUGGUGAAGAACUGAAAAUUCUUGGUUCUCAGACCAGUAAAGGGUGUGGUGAUCCACCAGAGACCCCAGCCCCAACAGCACCAGAGACUGAGACUGACAGUACUCGUCCUGAUGUCCUCCCUCCUCUCUAUGAUGACAUCAAUACCCUCACUAGAGAGGUGUUUCUCUUUCAGCUCUCUUUUGCUCAUCUAAUGGAACUGUAUGUCCACACACACAGAAGAAGGACAAGCCACUAUCAACGCCUAUGUACCAUGUUUUGGAGGGUCCCACUCUUGUCGAUUCGACACCAGAGACACAGGAACAGGAGAGUUCAGUGACAGAUAUUCCACUUUACUCUGUGGUGGACAAGAGUAAAAAGAAAAAGAAGGCUACUGUGCCGGCUGAUCCAGUUAGAGAUGUGAGCUACUUUGGCUGAAAUGAGGGCAUCUAUAGUUGUAGUAGAAACUUGGGGCGUAAGGUCCAUAUUGCCUUCAUUAUACCUAUUUUGAUGUAACUCUAUUUUUCGUUUUAUUUCCUAACAGUGUAGCUACAAACCCUAGAUUAUCCUCAAUAUUGGUCAGGGUAGAAUAAAAUAAACAAGGCUUCUGCAUUGUGUCUUUCAAGUCAAAAGCAGUCCAUGGCUACUGCACAUGUUUCAAAUGUAUAUGUACAAAUGACACAUUCGACAUGAACCAAUACUAUGCAGCUGCUACAUUUUCCUGCUCCAUUGUGUGUGUAUGUGUGCACAGCAGGAGGAGGAGAGAGAGGAGGAUAAGCCUGACAAACAAAACACUUAGUGUAAAGUGAGAGUCAUCCACAUGAUUUA